CGAAGCGCGGAAAAAGCUGGCAGCUUCAUGGAGGAAUCGGGGCAAGUCGCCGAGAGAGAGGAGAGUGUGGAUUGGGGCUACGAAGAAGGUGUUGAGUGGGGGCUAAUCUUUCCUGAUGCAAAUGGGGAAUAUCAAUCUCCCAUUAACUUGAACUCAAGAGAGGCCAAAUAUGACCCAUUGUUACUGGAAGUAUGCUUAUCACCAAAUUAUGUUGUAUGCCGUGAUUGUGAGAUCAUCAAUGAUGGACACGUAGUUCAGAUCCUCUUAAAGACUAAAUCAAUGUUAGUGGGAGGCCCAUUACCUCGGGGCCAUGAAUUUGAACUUCACAAUGUUCGAUUUCACUGGGGCAGAGAAAAUCAACGUGGCUCAGAACACACAGUUAAUUUUAAGGCAUUUCCCAUGGAGCUCCAUCUGAUCCAUUGGAACACUACCAUGUAUCACAGUAUUGAUGAGGCAGUCGGAAAGAAGAAUGGUAUAGUCAUUAUUGCCUUAUUUGUGCAGAUAGGAAAGGAACAUUCAGGCCUAAAGGCUGUGACUGAGAUUCUGCAAGACAUUCAGUAUAAGGGUAACUCCAAGACAAUACCUUGCUUCAAUCCUAACACGUUAUUACCAGAUCCACUGCUAAGAGACUAUUGGGUGUAUGAAGGCUCUCUCACGGUCCCACCCUGCAGUGAAGGUGUUACAUGGAUCUUAUUUAGAUAUCCUUUAACUGUAUCCCAAAUUCAGGUAAUGGUUGUGCUUAUGACCACAGCCUGAAAUUCUCAGUGAAAGGUUACAACAUGCAGACAUAUUGCAAGGCAUUAUACUUGUUCUUUCCUGGAAAUCUCAUUAAAUUGACCCAUUUAUGGCUUUUAAAAUAAAGGUUAAAUCAUUUGUGUUAUUAAAAUGGAAAGGUCAGAAAUGAAGAACUGUUGUUACUAU